CUUGAUAUAUGAACUGUGGCACAUAUAUCGAAGAGUUUUAUGGAAAAAGAAAAUGGCGGAGAUCAUUUCAGUCGCCAUUCAUAACGACGUAGCAAAUAAAAAGCAUGUUAUGUAUUUAUCGACUUGUUGCGGUAUAUGAAAAGUCACCUUAUGUAUAACUGCAUAAAAAAGUCAAACAAUAAGUUUAUCUGUAUAUAUAUUUUAUUAUAUUCAGUAUAACCUGUGAGAAGAACAGUUGGUAGUGUAGUUGGUAAUAGUAGGCAAAUCGAAUGUACAGACAUCAUAAGUAUCGAUUGAAAUAUUCGUUGAACGAUUUAAUCAAACUCGAUUUUUGAUAGCUUAUGCUAUUUAGAACGUUAGUGCACGAUAGUGAUCAUCUUGCUAUUUAUUUUUAUAAAGUUUAAUUUGUUUUUCAAUAUUAACAAAGCGUCGAUAUAAAAAUGGCUUCUGCCAAAAUUGAUUGGGGGAAAUUUGCUGAAGAACAAGAUAAAUUAGCUUCUAAGGUAACAAAUUUAAAUCUAGAGAAGCCAAAAGAAACAUCAGGAAAUGCAAAUGAGGAUACAAAAAGUGAUGAUGGUACAGAAGAACAGAUUUCACCGGCAGAAAAAUCUUUAUUGCAAAAAAUUAUAAGGAAAGGAUUGGUUGAAACCACAAAAGAUAUAGAAGUACAAAGAAAGGAUCCGUCAUCUCCAUUAUAUAGUGUUAAAUCUUUUGAAGCACUUCAUCUUAAACCUGCAUUAUUAAAAGGAGUUUAUGCAAUGGGUUUUAAUGCACCAUCAAAGAUUCAAGAAACAGCGUUACCAACUUUGCUUGCCGAUCCGCCUCAUAAUAUGAUAGCACAAUCACAAUCUGGAACUGGUAAAACUGCAGCAUUUGUAUUAGCCAUGUUAAGUAGAGUAGAUACAAAUAAGGAUUAUCCACAAGUACUUUGUUUAUCACCUACAUAUGAAUUAGCGAUACAAACUGGAGAAGUUGCUGCUAAAAUGUCACGUUUCUGUCCUGAAAUUAAAUUGAAGUAUGCUGUUAGAGGGGAAGAAAUUCCACGUGGCACAAAAAUCAAAGAUCAUAUCAUUAUAGGAACACCAGGAAAAGUUUUAGAUUGGGCACUCAAAUUUAAAUUUUUUAAUUUAUACAAAAUCUCAGUUUUUGUCCUUGAUGAAGCUGAUGUAAUGAUAGCAACACAAGGCCAUCAAGACCAAUGUAUCCGCAUUCACAAAUUACUUUCACGCACAUGUCAAAUGAUGUUUUUCUCAGCAACAUAUGAAGCUGCAGUAAUGGCAUUUGCUGAAAUUAUAGUUAGCAAUCCUCUCAUAAUACGAUUAAUGAAAGAAGAAGAAAGUUUAGAUAACAUUAAACAAUAUUAUGUCAAAUGCAAAGACAUAGAUGAAAAAUAUGCAGCUAUUACCAAUAUUUAUGGUGUAAUAACAAUCGGACAAGCGAUUAUUUUCUGCCAUACCAAGAAAACGGCUAGUUGGUUAGCAGAAAAAAUGACAAAAGAUGGUCAUGCAGUAGCAGUUUUAACUGGUGAAUUAACAGUAGAACAAAGAAUUUCUGUAUUGGAUAGAUUUAGGGCCGGCCUGGAAAAAGUUCUUAUUACAACGAACGUAUUAGCAAGAGGUAUCGACGUGGAGCAAGUAACUAUAGUAGUAAAUUUUGAUUUACCAAUGGAUCAAAAUCGUCAAGCUGAUUGCGAAACAUAUUUACAUAGAAUCGGUAGGACAGGACGUUUUGGCAAAUCUGGAAUUGCCAUUAAUUUAAUAGAUUCGUCACACGCAAUGCAAUUAUGUAAAGACAUAGAAAAACAUUUUGGAAAGAAGAUACAAUACCUCGACGCAGAAGAUGCAGAUGAAAUUGAAAAAAUUGGUGCAUAAAUCAUUUUACGUAGAAUGUCAAGGACGAUUCUGUAUCAGUUAUUUAUAGCUAUAAUUUGCUAUAAAGUAUUCUAAAAAUGAACUCAUAUUUGAACCAUCUGCAAUGCCAUAUAUUUCUUUUCCAAUAGCACAUAUUUCUACUAAACAAGUCUUAUACUUAUUUUUCAUUAUGUAUAUUUAUCGGCUUAUAUUAGUUAAUGAUAUGGUGAUUGGAUAAGAAAUAUAAAUAAAUGAAAUUCAGGAAUAUAAUUACAACGAUAUACUCUCUAUAGAAAGGAAAAAGAUGUUUUUAUAUAAUGUAUGAAAUGUUCUUAUCCAUAAUAGGUUAAUACGAUUUAAUUAUUAUCUCCCUGAUUUUGUAUAUAAAACAACAAAUAUUUACUUUCCCAUACCCGUGUAAAAAUAAAACUUAUCCAAGGAAAAAAAAUACAAAAUAACAAAUUUGUACGUCAUCAUAUAUUGAAAAUCAUGUAAGAGAACAUAUUCAUAAGUUAUUUCAUACUUGUAUGAUGGCAUUACAGAUCAUAGCAUAUACAAUUAAUAAAAUAAACUUACUUUCUAAAUAUUA